AUGGAAGGUCGGCUGGGGUAUCCCUCCGGAGCUCUUUUCCCCAUACUGCUCUGGACUCCAGAGGAGAACGCGCAAGCCGCAUUUCGUUUCUCUCUCUCGCUCAUUGCUAAGAUCCUAGUCCGGGCUGUCACUGAGGGAUCCACUCUCGUGAUGAGAGCGAUCAACACCAAUCAGGAAGCCGCGCUCAAGAAGGCCAUCUCCAUCGCUCCCCGAGGUAGACGGGCAAUGGAGCUGCUGAACAUUUCCGUGGGCACCCAGUCCAUCUCCCCCCUUUUCUGGUCCAUCGAGAGUGGCAGCUUGAACAGUGCCCGUGCCAUGCUCGUGGACCUCCUGACGAUCCGAGCGGACCGUGACGUGUACUACUAUGGCUGUGAUGCCAUGUUCACGCGGCAUCCGGACCUGAUCUUGCGCUUGUGCAGCGAUGCGUCGACGUUGCUGUGGACCUUGUUUGAUGGCCUCGUUUGGCGGUCGAGGCUGGUGCAGAACGGCCAGCGCCGUGUCAACUACUACAUCAAGCAUUUGGUCCAAGAUGUGGAGGGCAACUUCAGCCCAGCUCUGAAAUGGCUCGCGCACCACAAGGAUCCGCGGCUUGUCAGCCACGGCGUGGUCGUGACUUUUGCAGAUCUCUUGUGGAACCGCCUGGCCUCCUUCCAGUUUUUGCUGGGGAGAGGCUACUUCCUUUUCACGCUGAUCGUCUUCAUCACUAGCCAGUCGCUGUUGAUACCGGGGGAAGAAUCCCUGGGAAAGAACAUCGCCACGUUCGUGUGCCGCUGCUUCCUGUACCUAGGGAGCAUGAGCAAGCUGGUCUUCGACCACUGCAAGACCUUCUGCGGAGCGCUGAAGGCCGGCGACUACCACUGGUACUGGAUCCUGCCGGUUCCAACAUACUUGCACAGCACCCAGCAGGUGGGCGGCCUACUCCUGGUGCUGCUGCUCAUUCUCAUGUACGUGCAGGAGCCUGUUCUUUGGUGCAUCGCUUUCGGCGACAACGGGCCGACCGCCAUCCCUUUGAGUGCAACAUGCGACGAGGCGAACGAUGUGAGAACCAGCUACUCGAUGUGCUCCUGCCUGGCCAUGAUGAUGUACUGGGCGUUGCUCAUGGACUUCACCCUUCUCUCCAUGCGCAUUUCAGCCUUUGUGCUGGUGUGCGGGAACGUCCUGGCAGAUGUCGGACUCUUUUCUUUGGCGCUGUUGUUCCUCAUACUGGCUUUCGCCACUUCGAUUAGUUCGCUGAAUCAUCGACUGGCCGAGUUCGAUGGCGUCGGCCCCUGGCUCACGGGCUUACUGCAGAUGACUCUGGGCAUGUUCCCGCCGGCCAAGUAUGGAGACUUCCGGAGUGAAAUUGCCGUUUUGGUGGCCGUGUCAGUGUUCGUGGCAGUCAUCAGCAUCUUCCUAGUGAACCUCCUGGUAGCUCAGCUGAACCAGUCCUAUCGCGAUAUCUUCGAGGACAUGCAGGGCUUCGCUCGGCUGAACCGAGCCAGCGUGACCUCGGAUAUCAUAGACCAGAUGAGCCGGAAAAAGUGGAGCAAGUUCCUGA